AUGUCAUACUAUCCGGGAGGUUCAAACCAAGGAGGCUCGGACCAAGGAGGUUAUCCUCCUCAAAUGCCAACAGCUACGACAGAAUAUACAGCAGCUGAAUACGCUACCUCCUACCCUCCCACUCAGUCAUCUUAUCCGCCACCUCAACCUUCCGCUUAUCCACCUACUCAUGGCACGGAAUCAUCGUUUUUAAACACGGAUCCCGCAUCAGAACCUCUCCUAACUACUCAAACAUCAAAGCCAUCGGUCGCCUUUGCUGACGACCCCCAACCACAGCGACAUUAUGGUGAAGCUCCGCGUGUACAACCAAGACGAUACAAGACUACCAAGAGGAAAAUUCAAUUGACUGCGGGUAAUUUGGUUUUAGAUCAACCAAUAGCAUCCGAUUUAUUGAAAAUAUGCCCCAGGCAAAAGGAAGAAGAAUUCACGCAUCUAAGAUAUACGGGUGCUACUUGUGAUCCAAACGACUUUGGGAAGGAGAAUUAUAAGCUCAGGCAGCAGUUGUACGAUAGACGAACGGAAUUGUUCAUCGUGCUAACCAUGUACAAUGAAGACGAAGUUCUCUUUGCCCGCACGUUCCAUGGCGUAGUCAAAAACGUUGCCCAUCUCUGUACCCGAGAUAGGUCACGUAUGUGGGGCAAAGACGGUUGGAAAAAAGUCGUGGUUUGCAUCGUAUCCGACGGUCGUACGAAGAUCAACAAACGUACGCUUGCAUAUUUGGCUGCUGUCGGAGUAUACCAGGAGGGGAUUGCUAAGAAUGCCGUAAACGGACGCGAAGUCACUGCCCAUAUCUACGAAUAUACUACCCAGAUCUCGAUCGAUUCCGACAUGAAUAUCCGAGGUUUUGAUAAGGGAAUAGUACCAGUGCAAGUAUUGUUCUGUUUGAAGGAAAAGAAUGCAAAAAAGAUCAAUAGUCACAGAUGGUUUUUCAACGCUUUUGGGCAAGUGUUGAAUCCGAACGUUUGUGUACUUUUGGACGUGGGAACCAAGCCAGGAAGUACCAGCAUCUAUCAUCUGUGGAAGGCAUUUGAUAUUAAUUCCCACAUAGCAGGAGCGUGUGGAGAAAUUGUUGCUUUGACAGAAGGUUUAAAUCUGCUUAACCCUCUUGUUGCAACACAAAAUUUUGAAUACAAAAUGUCUAAUAUUCUCGAUAAACCGCUUGAAUCUGUCUUUGGCUACAUCACUGUGCUUCCUGGUGCUUUCUCUGCUUAUCGAUACAUUGCCCUGCAGAACGAUAAGAACGGAAACGGUCCACUCAAGCAGUAUUUCCUGGGUGAGAAGCAACAUGGCGGAGAUGCAGAUAUAUUCACGGCCAACAUGUACUUGGCUGAAGACAGAAUUCUGUGUUUCGAAUUGGUGGCCAAGAGGGAAGCCUCGUGGUUGUUGCAUUACGUGAAGAGUUCUUACGCUGUAACUGACGUGCCCGAUCAAGUGCCGGAAUUGAUUAGCCAGAGAAGGAGGUGGCUGAAUGGAAGUUUCUUUGCGGGCGUUUAUGCUAUUGCAAGCACGCUUGCCAUUUUCAGGAGCGAUCAUACGUCCAUUAGAAAAUUUUUGUUGUGCGUUGAAAUGGUUUAUCAAGCAUUCAACUUGAUCUUUUCUUGGUUCGGUUUGGGUAAUUUUUACUUGACAUUCUACAUCUUGGGCAAUUCUCUAACGGAUCCUCAGACAGCUCAAGGAUUGUGGGAUCCAUCGGUUGGCGACGUGAUAUUCACGAUUCUAAGAUGGCUUUACAUAUCACUUCUUAUUGCAUCCUUCGUCCUGGCUUUGGGCAACAGACCUCAAGGUUUCAAAUGGGCUUAUAUAACUGCCAUGGUGUUCUUUGCUUUCCUCAUGGCAUACAUGAUGUUUGCUGCGGUCUGGAUCACAGUCAAGGCCGUUAAUGCCGCGAAAAACGAAACCUUUGGCGAACUUACUGGUGCCAACGUUUCAACUGCAAAUGCAAUACUGGGUAAUCCAACAUUCCGUAACGUCAUCCUUUCACUUUCGUCUACAUAUGGUUUGUGGCUCAUUGCCAGUUUCCUGUUCUUCGAGCCAUGGCACAUGUUUACUUGUUUGGCACAAUACUUGUUAAUGGUGCCAUUCUAUGUGAACAUUCUCAACGUUUAUGCUUUCUGUAAUACGCACGAUGUCAGUUGGGGAACAAAAGGUGACACCGCCCCUCCUAAACAUGAUUUGGGGACUGCACAAGCAGCUCCAGGUAAAGGCACGGUAGAAAUAGAGGUCGCUGAAGAGAAGGAUCUGAACGUCCUCUAUCAAGAGGCGGUCGAUACGAUCAAGACAAAAGUCGCAGAAGAACCCAAACACAGAAGUGCCUCUGAAAAACAAGAAGACUAUUAUAAAAAUUUCCGUACUCGUGUAGUAUUGGCCUGGAUAGUCACCAACGGCGCUUUAGUUGGUAUUCUUACAAGUACUAGUGAAACGCUCUCCAAAAUUCUAACGGAAGAACAGAGGAGCAAUAUUUACAUGGCUAUUAUACUUUGGAGCGUAGCUGCACUAGCCUUUUUCAGAUUCAUUGGAUCGAUGUUGUAUCUUCUCUUCAGAUUAUUCACUGGUAAUUAG